CGCGCCAUGACCACGAUUUUUCAGGACGACUUUUGUCGUACUCCCAUUUCUUAUAAAACGACUAUUGUCGUCGUUACAGUUUAAAGGGUUAAAUGCUAUUUAUAUGCGUACAUAUGUUCCAACUACGGCCGAGUAGAAAUCCACUUAAAUUGUUGCCACAUUUGUGGAGACCAUAACAGAAAUUACAAUGAGCUUGAGUUAUUUGUAUAUAUGUAAACGUUUCGCAUUUAUUUAUACUUCCAGAGCCUUAAUUAUCCUAACCAAUCUUUUUUUCAUAAUUUAAACUUUAAAAUUAGUUUAAACGUCAAAUUCGUAUAUUAUAAAAUCCGACCGACUGACGUAUGAAGUAUAAAUAAAUAUAUACAAAUUACAUCUUUAUAAGUAGCUACAGUUGUUUAUACUAAUAAUAUCUCAAUUAAUUUACAAUGACGCAUUUUAGCAAAGAGUAAAAAAUAGGGUUCAUAAUGUCGUUCUAAUAACUUUAUGAACAUAAUGCUUCAUAUUUUUAGGUAAGUUCAGGAAUGAUUUUUAUAAAACCGCUUUACAUGCUUAUAACAAUUCUUAUAAUGUGAUCAGAGUUUGAAUUGUCAUAGUCGAACCUUACUUCCGCACACAUUGUUCCUCAUCCAAAAAAUAUGUAUUCCAAUUUACUAUACAAAUUGUUGUACAUCUCGACCAAAGCCGUCGUAACAAUUGGCGUCUUCAUUGCUCCCCUUAACCCAAAGACCAGAUUGUUUUACAAGACAAGAAACUACCGAAAAAGGAAUACGCUGGCCGUAUCAAUUUUUACAUGCUGGGUAGUAUUCGUGUGGAUUACAACAAUCAAACUUUGGCUUUAUCAUGGCGGCGAACAGAAUCCGCAAUACCACGCCACGUAUGGCUUCAGUUGUGUAUCACUCCUCAUUUUUUGGAUGGAUGCAAAUUUCUACAUUCACCAGGAUGAACUUGUCCUCGGACUUAACCGGAUCCUUCUAUACUUUCCAGGAUUCGUGGAGAAAUGGAUCCCUAACGCCAAGAAGAACAAGAAGCUGGUCUUGUACUUGACCAUCAUGGAUGUUCUCGUUUUCUUAGAAGUCGCCCUCUUCCUCCUGCUUCCCAUCACGAAGGCGAUAUUUUUCAUCUCCUCGCCGCACAAUCCUCUUCAUCCGAGGCAAAUACUCCCCACGGCGUAUGACCUGAAUCAGAAUGGAUUUUUGAACUUGAUCUUCCUCAUCUUUCUGGUGUGGACGGGGUGCAUGUCGUGGUACACGAUAAUGUUGUUCGCAGUUAUGGGAACAAUCUACAUGGUUUCGGUGACCCUGGUAAUGAUAGAGUUCAAGAUAAAUGCUACCAAUCACAUGGCGUCGGCAGCGUUAAGGACCCCGGUAAAUCUGCUGAGAGAAUACAUAAAUGUGCAUCUCGUGCACUCAUUGAUGAUGCAAAGUUUGGGGUGGACAUUCGUCUUCAUGCAUGGACUGCUGUCACAUAUCUGCUUGUUCUGCAAUUUCUCACUCUUGAUAAAUUGGGAAACGUUGGAUAAAUCGUCAGCGACCUUCCUGGCCAUGUGGUCCAUCAUAGUGCAAAUUGGGUGGGCCACAAAUCUCCAAGUGACUGGAAUGUUUCAUUCAUAUUCGGCAAAGACGCUCAAGUCGUGGAAGGGAAUUCACUUUAGGGACAAUUUGGAGAAGAAAUAUUUUACGAAAUUUGGAAAAACAUUGAAACCCAUAGCGAUUGGGGUCGAGGGGACGAUGACAUUUAAUAGAUUGACGGCAAUAUUGUUCCUCAGGUCAAUUAUUACUGGGACGAUAAGGACACUGCUCACUUUAGGCGUGCCGAAUGCUGAAGAUACAGCAAAUGUGUUCAAUUCCAUAUCUUCGACAACUUCAUAAUUUAUUCCACGAACAAUUAUUUAUUUCCCAACAAUUCAAAUUAUUCAAUUUAAUGUAAAUAAUUAUUACAAAGCUUCAAUUCACAA